AAGAAGCUGCGGACCUUUAACUAGGCAGGAAGUGUCCUCAUGUCACUGACAGUUAUUCGCCAUGGCGCUCGAAGCAAAAUCCAGAAACAAACGAUACGAGAAACUGGAUUUCCUCGGAGAGGGUCAGUUCGCCACGGUGUACAAAGCCAGGGACAAAACGAAUGAUACCAUCGUUGCCAUUAAAAAGAUUAAGGUUGGCCACAGAACGGAGGCUAAAGACGGUAUUAACAGGACUGCUCUCCGAGAGAUCAAACUACUGCAGGAACUGCAUCACCCAAAUAUCAUUGGGCUCCUCGAUGCCUUUGGACACAAAUCUAACAUCAGCCUGGUGUUUGAUUUCAUGGAAACAGACCUGGAGGUGAUCAUCAAAGACACCAGCCUAGUUCUGACUCCAUCCAACAUCAAAGCCUACAUCCUAAUGACCCUACAGGGAUUAGAGUAUAUGCACCAACACUGGGUCCUACACAGGGAUCUGAAGCCCAAUAAUCUGCUGUUAGACGGCAGUGGAGUGUUGAAGUUGGCUGAUUUUGGUUUGGCCAAAGCAUUUGGCAGCCCCAACAGAGUCUACACACAUCAAGUUGUUACCAGGUGGUACCGGUCCCCUGAGCUCCUGUUUGGUGCCAGGAUGUACGGUGUGGGCGUUGACAUGUGGGCGGUGGGAUGCAUCUUGGCAGAGUUGCUCCUUCGGAUACCAUUCCUCGCUGGAGACUCUGAUCUUGACCAGCUGACCAAGAUCUUUGAGGCACUCGGGACGCCUACAGAAGAGACGUGGCCGGGAAUGAGCAGUCUACCAGAUUAUGUGUCCUUCAAAAUAUUUCCUGGCACACCGCUGGAACAUAUAUUUACCGCAGCUGGAGACGACUUACUAGAGCUGCUGCAGGGCCUGUUCACCUUUAAUCCCUUGACGAGGACCACAGCGACACAGGCUCUGAAAAUGAGGUACUUCAGUAAUCGACCUGGUCCCACUCUUGGUCCACAACUCCCCCGACCCAACUGUUCAGCCGAGGCCCUGAGGGAGAAGGAAACAAUCGGGCUCAAGAGGAAAAUCGAGGGCCUGGAGACAACUGUUAUGAAGAAGAAGCUCAUCUUCUGAUGCAACCUCAAUAAUCAGAUGAUCACCGUCUUCACACCAUUGUGGGGAUCAGCUUUCCCGCGUUGCUCAGGAUCGUCCAGCCCAGAGACAAAAGGCUCAGAUGUGGUUGACUUUAGGACAUUUUAGAGGUAGAAGCUGCUAAGUCAGUGGAGAAUUGUGGCCAGGGUUUGUCCCACGGUGCUGCUGUCCGUAGCAGCACAUCGAAUGAUGUACAACAAUAGGUCAAUAGCGUCUGGUCUUCCUUCAUUGUAACAAUGAUGCAUAAGCUCUGGGAGCCUUUUGUAAUAUGUAUAUUUAUGUGACUGGAAAAAAAGAACUACCAAACAAGCACGCCUGAUUUAUUGUGUGUAUAUUUAAAUGGUGCAAAUGCUUAUGAGGGAUUGUCAUUAUAUGGUCUGACUUCCUUUGCUCUCCAUCGAAUUACAUUGGAAGACGAUUCGGCCAAAACAAGUCGUGUUUAAUUCACACGAUAACGUUCAAACGGACUUCCUUUUAAGAAUUCACACCCGUUUGGUAUGCGUGGACAGAAUUGUACUUGUAGUUCAUUUACUCACCAUAUGUCAGAAAGAUGUGUGUAUUUGUUAGACUGUGUGUAUUUAUUUGGCAUAAGCCCUGUCUCGAGGGCGGAGAGGAGGCGACGCUUGGAUUGACAGCGUCCUGCCACAAUAUGUCACUUUUGUUCAACAUUGCUGUGAUUGAAUGCAAACUGACAUGUCGGCCUGAUGCUUGGGCAGGUCUUGUGAUCCUCUUUUGGUUUUCUGUCAAUGUAGCAGAUAAGACAUGAAGACUAGUUUGAACGUCUUCAUGUUUAACCAAAUUGAUUUCUCAGUAUUUAAGAUAAAAACUAAUUUUUGGCACCUU